CUUGAUACGCCGGUUCGCUCGGGGUUGGAUCUUCUCCUACUUCAACUUGCCACGCACAUCUCGUAUAGAUCGAGAUUCAUUCGCCCCGGUAGGGAGUCUGCAUUACCAUGACCGUGUCAAGCGCGACGGCGAUCCCCAACGAUACUAAGGAGACGCCUCCUCGGAGAUCCUCCACCGAGGAGGGGCAGGUUGAGAGAGAUAUCCAACUCGUCGCCGAAGAGGGGUUUGCCGCCACAGAUAGCCAUGGCGUACCAAUCGUCGAGUUCGACCCGGUAGCCGAGAAGAAGCUUCGGAGAAAGAUAGACUGGAUGAUAGUGCCGACUGUCUCGGUCCUGUACCUCUUCUGCUUCAUCGACCGCGCCAACAUCGGCAACGCGAGACUGGCCGGGCUCGAGGAUGAUCUAGGCAUGACCGGCAACGACUACAAUGCGCUGCUGUCCGUCUUCUACAUCAGCUACAUCCUCGCGCAGAUCCCGUGCAACCUCGCGUGCAAGCGGUUCGGCCCGGGCUGGUUCAUCCCCUUCAUCUCGUUCAGCUUCGGCGCCUGCUCCCUCGGCACUGCCUUCGUCCGCGACAUGCCUGCCGCCUGCGGCGUCCGCUUCCUCCUCGGUCUCUUCGAGGCCGGCAUGAUGCCCGGCAUCUCCUACUACCUCUCCCGCUGGUACCGCCGCGCCGAGCUCGUCUUCCGCCUAUCGCUCUUCAUCGUCACGGCCCCGCUCGCCGGUGCGUUCGGCGGCCUGCUAGCCUCGGGGAUCCUGAGCCUGCCCAACAUCGGCGACCUCUACGCAUGGCGCAUGAUCUUCCUGGUUGAGGGCGUCAUCACUAUGGGCAUAUCGCUGAUCGCCUUCUUGACGCUGACCGACCGCCCCGAGACGGCGCGCUGGCUCACGAGCGACGAGAAGAAGCUGGCCAUCGCCCGCGUCAAGUCGGAGCGCGUCGCGCAGAUCGCCGUCCUCGACGAGAUGAACAGCCAGAAGCUCUGGCUCGGCUUCUGGAACCCCAUGGUCCUCGCGACUAGCUUCAUAUUCCUGUUCAACAACAUCACCGUUCAGGGCCUGGCCUUCUUCCUCCCGACGAUCGUGGCGACCAUCUACCCGUCGUACUCGGUAGUACAGAAGCAGCUGUACACGGUGCCGCCGUACGUGGCGGGGGCGUUGUUCGAGGUGGCGAUCCCGCGGAUAAGCUCGCGGAUGGACCGGCGGCAGAUAUUCUUCGUGCUGACGGCGCCGCUGACGAUGGCGGGGUACGCGACGUUCCUGGGGACGGCGAACGCGCAGGCGCGGUACGCGGCGACGUUCCUGGCGGCGGUGAGCUGCUUCGCGAUGGGGCCGCUGAGCAACGCGCAGGUAUCGGCCCAGGUGGUCAGCGACUCGGCGCGCAGCGUCGCCCUCGCCACCAACAUGAUGCUCGGCAACGUCGGCGGCCUCAUCGCCACCUGGUCCUACCUCGCGCACGACGCCCCCGACUACCGCCCCGGCAACGGGCUCAACCUCGCCUCCGCCACUACCGUCCUCCUCCUCGCCGCCCUGGCCCUCGUCUGGAUGGAGGCCGACAACCGCCGCCGCGACCGCCGCGACGGCGCCGAGGUGCUCGCCGGGCUGACGCCGACGCAGAUCGCGAGCCUCGAGUGGAAGCACCCCGACUGGAGGUGGAAACCGUGAGCAUAAAGAGGGCAACGAACAACUAGACGACCGCAGCUGUUGCGUGGCAUGUUGUACUUUCGUGUUACAAUAGGUGAGUCCGAGCAUGAGGGCGAGGGGAACAGCUCUUGGCGGAUUCUCUUCCUGGUUACUCCCCGUAUGGUAGAGGCAAUAUCACAAUUCAGCUUGUCUAUAAUCUGAAAUACAGAUCUGUUAUUCUGUGCCUUUUCUUAGCAUAGAUCAGGAUGGGCAAAAAUCCGCUUGUAUGGAAUGCAACAUGAGCGUGUGUGCAUCUUCAUAACCAACAUCGACCACGCUGGCUAAUGAAUGCACCCACAGCUAUUACAGGUGUAGAUGGAAAUCUACUACCUACGUAGUAGGUAUAUAAAUAUUCGCGGGUGUCUCUCCUACACCUUGACCC